AUGACAAUGUAGUCUGUGUGCAGUUGACGUUUUUAGGCUGUCAUUUGUCAAUGUCAUUGUCAAGGCGAACAGCUGAUUAUUUUGGUUUCGAAGGUUCUUUCCUCGUUUCCUCGUAGAGUAGAUUAAAAUUAUAGUUUUGUGAGCGUGUAAAAGUUUCAGUCUGUCUACAAUGAUUUUAAUAAAGCAAGGCUCUUACCUACAUGUUUCAUCGCUAAUAAAGUGCCACUGGAAGAGAUGCAGCCAGUGCAUAAAGCUGUUUUCAUCUGAAGCUCAAAGACAACCACUUGGUUUAGACAAUGAUGGCCCAUGGGCUGUAUAUGAAGAGAAGGUGCUGAAUGGAACCUUGACCAAAGAUCCACAUCAAGAAGUAGUCAUGAGGCAUCUAGAGAGCAUCUCGAAAGAAGUGAGAAAUUACCAGCCACCUGUUAUCAAACCUCAAGGUGGAUUCUUCAGCUUCUUAAGAAGUAAACCUCAAAAGAUAGUGGCACCAACAGGCCUCUACAUCUAUGGAAGUGUGGGAGGAGGGAAAACUAUGAUGAUGGACAUGUUUUACGAAACUUUGCCAAUAAAAGAGAAGCUGCGAGUGCACUUCAAUUCCUUCAUGCUGAAUGUGCACGCAAGGAUACACGAGCUGAAGAUCAAGUCCAGCCGAGGAGCCAGCUCGUUCCGGGACGAGAGCUCCAAGCCCUUCGACCCCAUCCCCCCUGUGGCUGCGGAUAUCACUCAGGAAUCAUGGCUUAUUUGCUUUGAUGAGUUUCAGGUGACUGAUAUUGGGGAUGCAAUGAUUCUGAAACGCUUGUUUACACAACUGUUUGACAAUGGAUGUGUUGUUGUAGCAACAAGCAACAGAAAGCCUGAUGAUCUGUACAAGAGCGGGCUGCAGCGGAGUAACUUUGUCCCGUUCAUUCCCGUGCUGAAGCAUCAUUGCCAGGUGGUCCAGCUGGACUCCGGCAUUGACUACCGGCUGAGGGGGAUGGGCAACAAAUAUGGAAAGUUUUUCAUAAAUUCAGAGCUGACACCAGAUAACGAUGCAGUAGAGAACUUGUUCAAGUUCCUGGCUUCUAAGGAGAAUGACACAGUGAGGCCCCGAGUCAUCAACAUUAUGGGACGAAAUGUGCAGUUCGCCAAGUCCUGUGGCCGAAUUUUAUACACUUCAUUCGAUGAGUUGUGUGAUAGACCGCUGGGAGCAAGCGAUUAUCUAGUCAUAUCGAAGACUUUCCACACAGUAUUCAUACGGGAUGUCCCGCAAAUAUCCAUCACGAAACUGCGAUCUCAGCUGAGAAGAUUCAUUGUACUUAUUGACACCCUUUACGAUAAUAGAGUACGAGUUGUAAUAGCGGCGGACUGUGACCCGAAGGAGUUGUUCAAAAUGGAACAAAGCGACGAAAUUGGCGAUGCUGACAGGGCCUUGAUGGACGACCUCAAGAUCACUAAAGAUUCUGAGGACGCCAAAGCAGCAAUAUUCACGGGUGAAGAAGAGAUGUUUGCCUGCGACCGAUCCCUGUCCCGCAUCAUGGAGAUGCAGACCGAAGAGUACUGGGAGAAGUGGGGCAAGCACAUCAACUAACCAGCUAUUGUUGUCAGUACAGGCCACUACAUAAAUAAG